AUGGAAGCUGCACCUUUCUUCGAGGGGACCAAGAAGCUGUGGGAGGUUUGGCUCUCCAGGCAACAGCCCGACGCAAGCCAAGAAUCUGAGGAUCUUUACACCAUCCCAAGGUACGUGUAUACUUUGUAUUUCCCAGAGACUCAGGUAAUCAGUCAGCCAGAUCAAACCCUGGAAAUUCUGAUGUAUGAGCUUGACCCAGCAGUUAUGGACCAGUUCUAUAUGAAAGAAUGUGCGACUGCAAAGGAUGUCACUCUUGAGAGAAUUUGUGACCUGACCCCGGGUUCUGUCAUUGAUGCCACACUGUUCAAUCCUUGUGGGUAUUCAAUGAAUGGAAUGAAAUUGAAUGGAACUCAUUGGACUGUUCACAUCACUCUACAUCCAGAAUUUUCUUAUGUUAGCUUUGAAACGAACUUAAGUCAGACCUCCUAUGAUGACGUGACCUGGAAAGUUGCGGAAGUCUUCCAGCCAGGAAAAGCUGUGUCCACGCUGUUUGUAAAUAAGAGUUCCAAAUGUUGCACAGUGCUUUCUUUGCCCCAGAAGAUUGAAGGUUUUAAACAUCUUGAUUACCAGAGCGCUAUGUUCAAUGAUUAUAAUUUUGUUUUUACCAGUUUUGCUAAGAAGCAGCAACAACAGCAGUGUUGAUUAAUAAAAAU